GGGGCAGCUUUGCUGUCCCACCCAGGGCCCGGUUUGCAUUAUGCAAAACCCCACCCUGGCCGGCUGGAGAGGGCGAGCCGAAACCCCUGGAUUUAGCCGCAGGGCCGCCACGCAGGAAAUCCACCUGGGAUUUCUUUUUCUUCCUGCAGAAAAAAGAAAAAAAAAAGAAUCCAGGAUUGGCGUUUUAAACAAAUUCGGUCUAUUUGCAUAAGCUGGGUUUGCAUACAUUUGACUUCUGGCUGAUGGUUAAACCGUGACGAUUAACUAACACUUUGAAUGGCUGGAUACUAACUAACGAGGCGCAAGUCUCGGGCGUACUGAUGAGACACACUAAGUUCUGUAACUCUCCGGAGACACUGACUGAUCUUACUACUGGAAGAUCCUCCCCUCCAGUGGAGGAUGCCAGUGGAGGAUGCCAGUGGAGGAUCUCCAGUGGAGAGAGAGAGGAGUUCAAAGCCAACCUGGAUAACAGAGCAAGAGACCACCUCAAACAAACGGACAGAUGGAAAAGAAAAAAGCCCCGAGCGCCCUGAUAGUAACCCUGACCUUCAGUCUCCCCUCUCCUCCCAGAAAAACGUCAGGCCUCCCUUCUCUAACCAGAGCAAGGACGGAAACCACAGCCGUCCAGAGGAGGGGUCUCAGGGGGCCACCUGGUUUGCAUCCAUGCCCUGGCCCUGCCCAGUUCCUGAGAGAGACCACAGCCCUGAAGGCCAACCGCCUUUCUACAAGGGACUCCAGUCCCACCCCUUCCAGGGGCAUGAAGUUAUGGAGCAUCUGGGCAGUUGUCACUCAUUGUAUUUAAGCAGCCUGCCUCCUCAGAGGUGUGCUCAGCCAUGCUAGGCACAGGGGCAUCUGGCCAGCAUGUUUGUCUGGGCAGCUUACCUGCUCAGUCUGCAGCUCCCCAUUGCUUUCUGCUGGGCUUACAGCUGCCACAAGACAGAGUCCUCUCCUGGCUUCAGCCUCCCAGGGGAUUACCUCCUUGGGGGCCUCUUUGCUCUCCAUUCAGACUGCCUGCAGGUGAGACACAGACCCCAAGUGACACGGUGUGACAGACCCAACAGCUUCAAUGGCCAUGGCUACCACCUUUUCCAGGCCAUGCGUUUCAGCAUUGAGGAGAUAAACAACUCCACAGCCUUGCUUCCCAACAUCUCCCUGGGGUAUGAGCUGUUCGAUGUGUGCUCAGAGUCUGCCAAUGUGUAUGCCACACUGAGGGUGCUCGCCCAGCGGGGGACGGGCCACCUAGAGAUGCAGAGAGAUCUUCACAACUAUUCCUCCAAGGUGGUGGCACUUAUCGGGCCUGACAACACUGACCAUGCUGUCACCACUGCUUCCCUGCUGGGCCCCUUCCUGAUGCCCAUGAUCAGCUAUGAGGCCAGCAGUGUGGCGCUGAGCACCAAGCGGCAGUACCCAUCUUUUCUUCGCACCAUCCCCAGUGACAAGCACCAGGUGGAGGCCAUGGUGCUGCUGCUUCGGAGUUUCGGGUGGGUCUGGAUCUCACUCAUCGGCAGCUAUGGUGAUUAUGGGCAGCUGGGCGUGCAAGCACUGGAAGAAUUGGCCGCGCCACAGGGCAUCUGCAUUGCCUUCAAGGACAUCGUUCCUUUUUCUGCCCAAGUGGGUGACCCGAAAAUGCAGCAAAUGGUUCACCGCUUGGCUCAAGCCAGGACCACCGUGAUUGUGGUUUUCUCUAACCGGUACCUGGCCAGAGUGUUCUUCAUGUCUGUGGUGCUGGCCAACCUGACUGGCAAGGUGUGGAUCGCCUCGGAGGACUGGGCCAUCUCCACGUACAUCACCAAAGUGCCGGGGAUCCAGGGCAUUGGGACAGUGCUGGGGGUGGCCAUCCAGCGAAGACGUGUCCCUGGCUUGAAGGAGUUUGAAGAGUCUUAUAUUAGGGAGGUAAAGGGUUCCCCCAGGUCUUGCCCAGAGGGAUCCUGGUGCAGUACUAACCAGCUGUGCCGAGAGUGCCACACUUUCACGACACAAAGCAUGCCCUGGCUUGGAGCCUUCUCCAUGAGUGCUGCCUACAAUGUGUACCAGGCCGUGUACGCUGUGGCCCAUGGCCUCCACCAGCUCCUGGGAUGUACCUCUGAGACCUGUUCCAGGGGCCCAGUCUACCCCUGGCAGCUUCUGCAGCAGAUCUACAAGGUGAAUUUCCUUCUGCAGAAGGAUACAGUGGCGUUUGAUGACAAUGGGGACCCUCUAGGUGGCUAUAACAUCAUCUCCUGGGACUGGAAUGGGCCUGAAUGGACUUUUGAGGUCAUUGGCUCUGCUUCAGUGUCUCCAGUUCAGCUAGACAUAAAUAAGACGAAAAUCCAGUGGCAUGGAAAGAACAACCAGGUGCCUACAUCUGUGUGUACCACAGACUGUCUUGAAGGGCACCACAGAGUGGUUGUGGGCUCCCACCAUUGUUGCUUCGAGUGCAUUCCCUGUGAGGCUGGGACCUUUCUCAACAAGAGUGAUCUCCACAUCUGCCAGCCCUGUGCAAAAGAAGAAUGGGCACCCGAGGGAAGCACGACUUGCUUCCCACGCACCGUGGAGUUCUUGGCUUGGCAGGAGCCCAUCUCUCUGGUGCUACUAACAGCUAACACACUACUGCUGCUGCUGCUGGUUGGGACCACUGGCCUGUUUGCAAGGCAUCUCCACACGCCUGUGGUGAGGUCAGCCGGGGGCAGGCUGUGCUUCCUCAUGCUGGGCUCCCUGGCUGCGGGGAGUUGCAGCUUCUAUGGCUUCUUCGGGGAGCCCACGGUGCCCACAUGCUUGCUGCGGCAGCCCCUCUUUUCUCUCGGUUUUGCCGUCUUCCUCUCCUGCCUGACAAUCCGCUCCUUCCAACUGGUCAUCAUCUUCAAGUUCUCCACCAAGGUACCCACAUUCUACCACACCUGGGCCCAAAACCACGGUGCCGGUCUGUCUGUCACUGCCAGCUCCACGGUCCACUUGCUCAUCUGUGUCCUAUGGCUUGCAGUGUGGACCCCACUGCCCACCAGGGAAUACCAGCGCUUCCCCCAUCUGGUGAUUCUCGAGUGCACAGAGGUCAACUCUGCGGGCUUCCUGCUGGCGUUCACCCACAACAUCCUCCUCUCCGUCAGCACCUUUGCCUGCAGCUACCUGGGUAAGGAGCUGCCGGAGAACUAUAACGAAGCCAAAUGUGUCACCUUCAGCCUGCUUCUCAACUUCGUAUCCUGGAUCGCCUUCUUCACCACGUCCAUCAUUUACCAGGGCAGCUACUUGCCGGCCGUCUAUGUGAUGGCCGGGCUGGCCACUCUGAGUGGCGGCUUCAGCGGUUACUUCCUCCCCAAGUGCUAUGUGAUUCUCUGCCGCCCGGACCUCAACAACGCCGAACACUUUCAGGCCUCCAUUCUGGACUACACGAGGCGCAGCGGCUCUACCUGACCCUGGGGUGGGUGGGUGGCGGCUGUUGGGGCGGGGCAGACCGGAAGCCCCGCUUGUUGUCCUCCAAGCAGCAGAUCCAGCGGGGCGGAGGUGUCUGGGAGAGCUCGGCCAUGGCUUGCAAUGUGCAAGGACACAGAAGAAUCCUGCCUAAUAAAGACGUGAAUUGUG